CACAAUCGUGCGGACCUACACAUCAAACUAAUAACUGAAAUAAAUAUAACAAACGCGAUGUAUCAAAAUUAAAUAGUGUAAAGUGUUAUAAAAUAAAUAUUAAUUCAAGUGUAAUAAAAUGUCGAACAUACCAACGCCUGAGGUGACUCCAGAUACACCACCAGUGGAAAUAAAUAAAUUUAACUGGCUGAAACACGCGAAAAAUGCCCGGAAAAAUCCCUUUGUUCAAGCAAGGCCUACCCUCACGAGGGAAAGUUCGAGAUCAGAAUUGUUUUCAAGGGAAAAUUCGAGCGCAGAUCUAUUUCAAAAUUCACGACUUAACCUCUUCGAAAGUGCGCCAAAACCGGAAAGUACCAGUUAUGGCCAGGGUCUUACCUUCGCAGCAUGGCACCAACGGACGAAAUUGGAGAAAGUAUUACUCGUCACAUGCUGCGCACUGAUGCUGAUGGUCGUCCUUACAACUUCACUCUUGGUCAGUCUGGAAACCACACCAACAGAACCUGCUGAAAAGACCGAAGAUCACACCCUGUGCCUGUCUGGCACCUGUAUCUACACUGCUAGCGAGGUCAUAAAAGCUCUCGAUGAAACCAAGAACCCGUGUGAGGAUUUCUAUGAGUUCGCAUGUGGGGGCUGGAUCAAGAACAACCCGAUUCCAGAAGGAAAGUCAAAUUGGGGGAUAUUCAGCCAGAUUGAACUCCAGAACCAGCUGAUCAUAAAAACCGCUAUGGGGAAAGUUAAUACCAGUGACGGAGGUGCCGAAGCCAAAGCUCGGGUUUACUACGACGCCUGUGUUGAUACAAAUGAGACGAUUGAGAAACUUGGUGAGAAACCGCUGAUUGGAAUAAUAAAGAGACUGGGAGGCUGGCAUAUACUACCCAACACACUUGUGAAAACACAGAAAUGGGACCUGCAGAAAAUCCUCCAGGAUGUUCAGAAUAAAUACAAUUUAGGAGGUCUCUUCAACUGGGCAGUGACUGAAGAUGAUAGAAAUUCAACCAAACAUGUGAUUGUGCUCGAUCAAGGCGGCCUUAAUCUUCCUACACGCGACAAUUACCUCAACAAAACUGCACAUAAAAAGGUACUAGACGCAUACUUAGACUACAUGACUCGAAUAACCGUACUCCUCGGCGCCAACAAGACAGAUGCCCGUGCGCAGAUGAGCAAAGUUAUCCAGUUUGAGACCGAAUUAGCUAAUAUCACUACUCCAUCUGAGGAUAGAAGAGAUGAAGAGGGCUUAUACAAUCCUUAUACCAUCAGACAGUGGCAGAAAGAAGCGCCAUUUUUAAAUUGGAGUAUGUUCUUUAAUGACGCGUUUAAGUUGGUUAAUAGGACGAUCUCUGACGACGAGAGAAUUGUGGUUUAUGCUCCCGAAUACUUUAGGAAUUUAACCAGAGUUCUUAGAAAAUUUAGUAAAUCUGAAGAGGACCAAAGAACUUUAACGAGUUAUAUGAUGUGGCAAGUGUCGCGGUCUCUAUCAACCUACUUGUCGAAGCCCUUCCGUGACGCAUCCAAGAUAUUGAGGAAGGCUUUACUGGGCUCAGAAGGCACUGAGGAAUCCUGGCGAUACUGUGUUACGGAUACCAAUAAUGCUAUAGGGUUCGCUGUAGGUGCAAUGUUUGUUCGCGAAGUAUUUCACGUGGCAGCCAAGACGGAGGGUGAAAUUAUGAUAGACAACAUUCGAGCUGCGUUUAAGAAAAAUCUAAAGAAAUUGGAUUGGAUGGACUCAGAAACUAGGGAUGCUGCUCAGAGUAAGGCCGACGCUAUUACGGAUAUGAUAGGGUUCCCUGACUACAUCCUUGACAAGGGUGAACUAGAUAAGCAAUAUGGAGAUCUAGUCGUGAAACCGAACGAAUAUUUUGAGAAUAACAUUGCAUUUAAUACAUUCUCACUCAAACAUGAUCUAAAGAAACUUGAUCUGCCAGUAAAUAAGACUAAAUGGGGUAUGACUCCAUCCACAGUAAACGCAUAUUACACUCCUACGAAGAACCAAAUAGUAUUUCCAGCGGGCAUCUUGCAAGCGCCGUUUUAUGAUGAAAACAAUCCUAAGUGCGUGAACUAUGGUGCUAUGGGCGUGGUCAUGGGACAUGAACUGACACAUGCAUUUGAUGACCAGGGACGGGAAUAUGACAGGUUUGGAAACCUCAACCAGUGGUGGAACAACAAAACAAUAGCGCAGUUUAAGAAUCGCGCUUCCUGUAUACAAAGGCAGUAUUCUACUUAUUCUGUUGAAGGGCAACAUCUUAACGGGAAACAAACUUUGGGUGAAAAUAUAGCUGACAACGGCGGUUUAAAGGCGUCCUAUCACGCAUACUUGGAGUACACCAAGAGAGAUGCGCGCCAGAAUUUUACUCUACCCGGCCUCAAAUAUACUCAUAGACAACUUUUUUUCAUAUCAUUUGCACAGGUCUGGUGCUCUGCAAUGACGAAGGAGUCUACAAAAAUGCAAAUUGAAAAAGAUGAUCAUACAGUUGCAAAAUAUAGAGUUAUUGGACCAAUAUCAAACCUUCCAGAGUUUUCCAAUGAAUUCAACUGUCCUUUGGGAUCACCCAUGAACCCUAAGCAUAAGUGUGAAGUGUGGUAAGACAAAAUAAGAGGUUUAAUUGAGUUCUAAGAAAUAAAUUUACAAACAGAUAGAGCAAUUUAAAAUAUUUACAGUACAGGUGUUAAUUUUGUUACGUUCCAUAAUACGCAUUUUACGCACAUACACUCAUAGGUAAUGACGUCAGUGAUGUUUACGACAUAUUACACCUGACAGUGACGAACUUGAUGUAAAAGUGUUCUCUUUUUUAAACAAAUAAUUCACAAUUAGUUUAGUCUGUGAGGACCUAUCCUCGCAUACACUUCCUAAAGUGUAUGCGAACUGAUACACUUUCUAUUUGGUUCGCGUCACUUCAUUUCUUGACAAAAAUAUAUACUUUUUAUUUUAUAAUAUUUAGUAUUAAAACUGUAUUGAGAACAUAACAAAAAGUUAUUUUAACUGCUACGACCUCAAAUUCCACUCAACAGUUCUCAUUCAUCACACCUAGUUAGCUAAUUCUGGUCUCAAAGAGGUCGGCAGAUAAAGAAGGCGUUUGACAAUAGUAUUAGGAUAUCCUAAAUUUAAAUGGGUGUAAAUCGUAAUACAUAAAUAAAACAGCUUCCGUGUGAUAAGGUUCAAUUUUGACCAAAUAGGGGCUUUCAUAAUAUUUAUUUAAUAGCUUUAAGAAUUUUAAUAUAAUAAUAGUUUUAAACAUAAUCAUUGUUUGUACAAAUAAUAGCUUUGUAUGUUGUUUGGUGACAUUGUGCUUUCAAAUAAGGGUAGGUUUAAACAAAGCUUAGGGUGAGAUUCAGAAACCAGACAGCGUAAGCUAUGCCUCGUGUAUGUCAAUAUUUAAUUUUUGACGUACAUGAGUCGAACUUAGCGCUAGGUUUCGUUAAGAGUGGUAAACAGGACUCGAGUAUGUAAAAUACGUGUUAAAUUUUGACAAACGGAAGCCAUAGUUCACGCUUGUCUCGAUUUUGCAUCUUACCCUUACAUUAUGGACUGGCUGAUAUAAUACCAUACAUAAUUAAUAUGAUAGCAAAGAACAAAUAUACACAGCGACUGAUUUUUAGGCUAUAUGAACGGUACCUUAAAUUGAACAAUUAUAUCAUUUUGUGAUUAAAAAUAUAUUACUUAUAAAUUUUUAACAAGUGCCAAAAAUGUUCAUUACCAUUGUCAAUAGUAUGAGAAUUUGCAUUAUUUUAUAUGAAAUGACGCUUUUAAUGUAUUACCUACAAAUGAAUUUAAUUGUAUUAAUAUUGUUAUAAAGGAAAUAAGUACUUAUACAUUAAUUUGUAAGGAAACCCAAUUAAGGAAAUAAAGGAAUCGACAUUUGUAGUUUUAACGGGCUUAGGACGUUGAAUGUCUGUCAUAUGUGAGAAUCAAGCUUAAAUCUUGUUUCUAUCAAAGACAUCACUCCAUUGACAUAUUUUGUCGAAUCCAAGAUCUGAUUAUAUGAUUAUUUUUCACUAGUGCACACUGCACACACAUUAGUAGAUUUUUCCGCUUAGUUUAGGUUUCAGUUUUCUGAAAUAAAAGAAAUGUAGACAAAUCUAUAAUUAACAGUCCAAUACAGACGUCUAAAUCGAUUACGAGGUCGUUAGAAGACUAAGCUUAUGAUUUUAAAAUCAGAUCAUUUACCA